GAGGGGUAAAUUAUAUUCUGUAAAUUUAUUCCGAGCAGAACAGUUUGGUGUACGUUAUUCUACGUACUUUACUUCUCUGUUUCCAAAACUUCAUUCAAAUAUUCUUAAAUUAGCAUAACAAUGUCAUUUAGAGUUCUACACCUGCUGACAAUGCGAUGUUAUGCGCACUGGACUUCAUUGACGUCAAAGUAGUUCGGAGGAGGAAGAUAGACAGUGUGCAGUUUACACAGUGAUGUUUGUACUAAAUAUAAGGUAUUGAUAAUGAGAGAAGAACUGUUCAGAUGUUGUAAACAAGGAAAUGCAACGCGAGUGAAGUACUUACUAGAAAACACUGACAUCAAUCCAAAUGUUAGAGACGAAUGGGAUAGUACUCCGUUAUAUUAUGCUUGUCUCUGUGGUCACAGUCAGGUGGUUGACUUGUUGCUAAUGAAUGGUGCUCAUUGUGAUGCCAAUACUUUUGAUGGAGAGCGUUGUGUUUAUGCAGCACUUACUGACGAAAUAUCGGAAAAGCUACGAAGUUACAGAGUUCUGUCCAGUCGUACGAUGCGACGUGAUUAUUAUGACGAAUUCUUGCGCCGCCUUUUGCAGUGUAGUGAAUACAGCGAUGUAACAUUUGUUGUUCACGACGAAGAGUUUCAUUUGCACAAAUGUAUACUUUCCUCAAGAUCAGCAUACUUUUGCGACAAGUUUAGAGCCAAAUGGCAAGAUAGACAAGUUGUGACUAUUAAGAACAGUUUAGUAAAGUCGAACGCUUUUAGAGCACUGAUACAAUACUUGUACACAGGACGUUUAGAAACCCACCUGGACUCUGUGGAUGAUUGUAUUCUUCUGAGUUCCAAUUGCAAGCUGUUUGUUCUGGAAGAAGAGCUGAAGAAAGCACUUAAAAAAGUUACUUCUUCUGAAUAUGUCAAACCAGGUAUGCAUGUCAAAGUUAUUGUGUUAGAAUCGUCUGAGCUUACCGGUCAACUUCAAGAAGACUUUGGAAGAAUGGCUGAUGACGUUGUAAGCUGUUAUGAACCGCAAAACUUUGCUGAUUUGUGUUUAUACGUUGACGGGCGUUCAUUUUACUGUCAUAAAUUGUUUGUUUGUGGCCGGAGUGAAUAUUUUAGCACCUUAGUGAGAAAGGAUCAUUUCAAUGAAGUGAAUAUUGAUACCGAGUUUGAUGUUCCAGUGAUAAGAAUUAAUGGAGUGCCUGUGGAAGUCCUUGCAGCAGUAUUGUAUUAUAUAUAUACCAAUGCUGUCAAUGUUCCUCCUGACCUUUUAUUGGAUCUUCUACAUGCUGCUGACAUGUAUUUGUUACCAGGUCUAAAAAAGUCUUGUGCAGCAUUGUUGGGUCAGUAUUUGAACACAGAAUGUGUGAUGGCAUACUUACACACAGCACGUUUGCUUGGCUUACCACAACUUGAAGACCAGUGUGCAAAAUUCAUUGCACAGAACAUUUACACAAUGCGGAAUAAUAAAUCAUUACAUCAGAUGAUUUUACAAGAUGCAAUGGAUAUUCAACAUCGACAAGAGACGGACAGUAUUUCUAUUGUUGAUGACAUCAGGUACCAUAUCACCUCACACAUUGCCAGUAUCAGUGAAACAAUUGAAGCAAAUAACAAGUUGAAGGAAAUUGAUGAAUUGCUUGAAACCUUGGGGCUGGAUGCAUAAUCAAAGUCAUUGUUAUCAACUGUAUCUGUUGUUUUGUUUGUUGAUUUUUAUUUUAUAAAACAUGUUGACAUUUUUAAUUUGAAAUAAACUAAUGUGGAUCA